AGAAAGACCGCUCCGGCCGCCACCCGCAGUCCACUCAUGGAGAGCCCUCCCGGCGGCUCCCACGGCCAGGGCGGCGUCUCGCCGUCACCGGAGGCGGUGCGGAGGCUGCGCGAGAUGGCGCUACGGGAUCGUCAGGAGGGAGACGAGCCCGAUCUGCCGGACGACCAGCUGCGCUCCAACGACCAGCUCCAGGAAGACGAGAUGCUGGCACUGGAGGCAAUUUAUGGAGACAAGCUAGAUAUUUUUGAUGAAAAAUCUGUGCCACGGUCGUUCCAGAUCCAUGUGCAUUGUGAAAUUCCAGAUGGUUUCUCUGUGUCCGCAGAACUUCUGCAGGGUGUUGAUGAUUACCCAAACAGCCGGUUCUUUCACACAUUCAGUGUCGAGCACUUGGCUCCAAUAUCACUGACAUGCCUUAUGCCUCCAUCGUACCCGAGCCAUCAUUCUCCCUACUUCACUCUCGGUGUACAGUGGUUGGAUAGUGUGAAGAUUUCUUUCCUUUGUCACAUGCUCGACUCGAUCUGGGCGCAACAAUCUGGGCAGGAAGUUGUUUUUGAGUGGGUGCAAUGGCUGCAGAGCUCUACACUUUCUCAUCUUGGCUUCGACGAUGGAAUAGUCAUACGACAACCUGAUGAUAGUAUGACGGAUCCUGUGGAUGUUCGUCUUGACAGAGAGAUUCUCUCUGUAGACGAUGUCGUUCAAAGGUUGAUCAACUACAAUGAAGAGCAAUGCCAAGAAGCAUUUCUGAAUGGCCUUCAUGUCUGCAUGAUUUGCUUCAGUGACUACAAAGGCAUCGACUUCAUAAAACUUCCAUGCGGUCAUUACUUUUGCCGGAAUUGCAUGGAAACAUACUCAAGAAUGCAUGUGAAGGAAGGAUCAGUCAUGAAAUUGGUGUGCCCUGAUAACAAAUGCGGAGGCUUCGUUCCUCCUAAUCUACUGAAGAGCUUGCUAGGAGAGGUAGAUUUUGAACGGUGGGAAAGGUUGAUACUCCAAAGGACUCUGGACUCAAUGGCUGAUGUAGCUUACUGUCCAAGAUGUCAAACAGCUUGCCUGGAAGAUGAGGACAACGCCCAGUGCUCCAAGUGCCUCUUCAGCUUCUGUACCCGCUGCAGAGAUCGUCGUCAUGUGGGGGAGAGAUGCCUUACUCCGGAAGAAAAGCUUCUCUCUUUGGAGGAACGCGAAAAGGUACGCAAGUUAUGCAAAGGCUAUGCUGGAUCUAGUAACUUGGCAGAUGAAAUACGCAGUAUCAAGGAAAUACUUCGUUCUUCUGUUCCAUGUCCGCAUUGUGGUACUGCAAUCUCACGCGUGUCAGGCUGCGACCACAUGCGUUGUAGGAACUGUAAUAAGUCGUUCUGCUAUGGUUGUCGCAAGCCACUAAAUCCUACUCAUACAAGUGAACAAUGUAGAAGGGAUUAUGAGAAGCUGACAGAGAAGCUGGAUACGGCUGGUUCUAUCAAAGAGCUAGUGAGAAAACUGAAACUGGGAGUAUGCAAACCGCAUCCGUGCCCGAGUUGCCACCAGAUAACUUACAAGCUGGGAAACAACAACCACGUCUUCUGUGAGGCCUGCCGGGUUCAUCAUUGUGCUCAGUGCCGGAAGGUGGUGCGGAAGAGCUCAGAGCACUAUGGCCCUCGAGGGUGCAAGCAGCACACUGUCAACCCCGACAUUGCCAAGACUAGACCAAAGAAGAAGGAUGACUCUCAAUUAGCAUCCUUGUGAGGAUAUCUAAGGGUGAGCAAUUCGUUUCAGCUACGGUGAAGCUGUUCCUCGUUGAGAAGAUCAGUUAUA